AAUUUUCGUCCUCCAUUGUUCUCUCCAAAAAAGCCUUCAACUUGAAGUACACCACUUGUUCUUGAUUUUCUGCUCUCUCUCUCUCUCUCUCUCUCUCUCAAGAUCCAUAGUCAUUUCCACAGAAACAAGAACUUUUAUCAUUCUGCUCUGCAAACUUUACCUCUCUUUUUAUUUUUUUCCUAUUGUUUUUAAACAGUAGCCAUAAAGAAAACAUAGAAUUUGGAGUAGAGAUCAUCGCCUCUGCUUUAGAUUCUCCAAAAUUUAGUAUUAUCCGCUUUAAUUGUACAAUACCCAUUUGGCCUUGAUCUGUGUUCGUUCGUUUUCCAGCUACUACAUUUUAGUCUCCGCCAAAUUACACUCUUCUAUCUUCCCUUUUUCUCUGUUUCUUACCUCUCAAAAUUAAGCCUGUUUCAAAUUCAGUCACUUUAGCCCCAGAAACUUUAAAGCUUACAAGCCUUUCCUGAUUCUCUCUCUCUCUCUCUCUCUCUCUCUCUCUCUCUCUCUCUCUCUUUCUUCUUUUUUUUGGUGAGGCAGUUUAGUUUUCUGGGUCUUUUUCUUUCUGUGAAAUUCGGUUUCAGCUUUGCUAGGUUCUUCCUGAUCUCAACUUUUGUAGUCUGGUUUAAUCGUAUUUGGACUUGGUUAAACUGGGCUUUACUAAUUUUAUUUUCUGUUCAUUCUGAGUGGAGCUGCGGUGCAAGCUCUUCUUAAUAACCACCGUCGAGGUUUUUGAUGUUUUGUUGCUAAGAUGCAUCCUGAUCAACGAAAGAAGUCAUCUGUUGAUGUGGACUUCUUCACUGAAUAUGGAGAAGGGAGCAGGUACAGAAUAGAGGAAGUAAUUGGUAAAGGAAGCUAUGGUGUUGUUUGUUCUGCAUAUGAUACACACAUUGGAGAAAAGGUUGCGAUAAAGAAAAUAAAUGAUAUCUUUGAACAUGUUUCUGAUGCCACCCGCAUACUUCGAGAGAUUAAACUUCUUAGGCUCCUGCGUCAUCCAGAUAUAGUGGAGAUCAAGCACAUUUUGUUGCCUCCUUCCAGAAGGGAAUUUAAAGACAUAUAUGUUGUCUUUGAGCUGAUGGAAUCUGAUUUGCACCAAGUUAUUAAAGCCAAUGAUGAUUUAACACCAGAACAUUAUCAGUUCUUUCUCUAUCAACUUCUCAGAGGCCUGAAAUACAUACACACAGCCAAUGUGUUUCAUCGGGAUCUUAAACCAAAAAAUAUCUUAGCAAAUGCUGACUGCAAGCUGAAGAUCUGUGACUUUGGGCUUGCAAGAGUAGCAUUUAAUGAUACCCCAACUGCGAUUUUCUGGACAGACUAUGUUGCAACAAGGUGGUAUAGGGCUCCUGAAUUAUGUGGAUCAUUUUUCUCAAAGUAUACACCAGCAAUAGACAUAUGGAGCAUUGGAUGCAUCUUUGCUGAACUUUUGACAGGAAAACCUCUUUUCCCUGGGAAAAAUGUAGUCCAUCAACUGGAUCUAAUGACUGAUCUGUUGGGAACGCCAUCACCUGAAGCCAUUGCCAGGGUGCGCAAUGAGAAGGCUCGAAGAUACUUAAGCAGCAUGAGGAAGAAGAAGCCUAUCCCUCUCUCCCAGAAGUUUCCUAACGCAGAUCCCCUUGCACUUCGUUUGUUGGAAAAAAUGUUAGCAUUUGAACCCAAGGAUCGACCCACUGCUGAAGAGGCCCUUGCUGAUCCAUAUUUUAAGGGUUUGGCCAAAGUUGAGAGAGAGCCUUCUGCUCAACCAGUUACUAAGAUGGAAUUUGAAUUUGAGAGACGAAGGAUAACUAAGGAAGAUGUACGAGAGCUCAUAUAUAGAGAAAUUCUAGAGUACCAUCCUAAAAUGUUGAAAGAGUACUUAGAAGGUUCGGAGCCAACAGGAUUCAUGUAUCCAAGUGCUGUUGACCAUUUUAAGAAGCAAUUUACUUACCUUGAGGAGCACUAUGGAAAUGGUGCAACUGUUGCUCCGCCUGAGAGGCAGCAUGCAUCCUUGCCCAGGCCAUGCGUGUUAUAUUCAGAUAAUACAGUGCAGAAUUCAGUGGAAGUCACGAAUGAUCUUUCCAAAUGCUCUAUCAAAGAUAUUGAGAAGCCACACAUGGACCGAAGUGGUGGGAUCCCGAUGACAAGGCUUCCUCUUCAAGUUCCUGAAAGUAUUCAAGGUGCUCCAAGGCCUGGAAAAGUUAUUGGUUCAGUAAUGCGUUAUAACAAUUGUGGGGUGGCAGCAAAAGCAGAAGCUCUUGAACAGCGAAGGAUGGUGAGGAAUCCAGUUAUUUCAACUCAAUAUACUGCUGCUAACUGUUCAUAUCCUAGAAGGAAUCCAGGCUGUAAAAAUGAAAGGGGAGAAGAUGAGGGGGUUGAAGGCUCCAGUGGGUUGCAGCCAAAGCCACAGUACAUGGCAAGGAAAGUUGCUGCUGCUCAAGGUGGACCUGGGAAUAACUGGUAUUGAUAAUGUGGCAAACUUGAAUGCUUGACUGCCUAUAGCGUACCUAAUGGUGACAGUCACGGAAGCACGUUUAGUCGGAUUAUUCACAUAUUUCUAAUACUGUAAUUUAGUGGUGUUUUCUACCAGCUCAAUUGCAUGUGAAGAUUUGAGGGCUGGGACUUCUGUCGGAAGAUGUUACGCAGCAAAUUGUAAUUUAUAUCACUAAUUUACAGUUGAACAGGUUCUUUGGUGCUUACCAUUCGUGACCUUAUAGCUUUCUGAUUUAGCUCAAUAACCCAGAUACAGGGAUGUAUGAUAUCAUGAACGAGUAAAGGCAAAGGGAUCGGUUGACGUACCUUGUUCAUCUAUUCUUUUUAGUUCUGGAAGAUAGAAGUAAGCUAUUUCUUUCUUUUCUUGAGCCCAAUGAGGGAAACAUUGAGGGCAAUAAUUUGAUUGCAGGGUAGCACAGGCUAUUAGGUUGCAAUACAUAAUUGUAUUUAUCAAUGCUUCAUCUAUUCCAGAUGCCUUCAUGUAGUGGACUGAGAGAAUCGUUUUCAUUAUUCUUUCAUUUCAGAGAUAUCCAAUGGUGCUUGAUUUUCCUUUCCUUUA